CAGAUUUAGGUAUCACAGACAGCCGCAUUUAAUCUUAUAAUAUUCAGUACCUCAGAACUAAGCCGCCAGGUACCGUGCACAGCUGGACACCUUGGCAUGAUUCCGAGAUAUUUGUGGAGCUUUUCAACUUUCAUCUCCUUCGAAUGAGUUCCAUAAUUCUUAAGUUUUCGAGUUGGAUGUUUUGAUCAUUGCAGGCCAUUCUCUUGCUAUUCGGCAGUCCCGUUGGUCAGGUUCCGGAACACCCAUGGACCAGCCGGUACCAUUCCGUGCUGUCAUUGUCGGUGGCGGCUUGGUCGGCCUCACUGCAGCACACAUAUUCUCAAAAGUUGGUAUCGAUUUUGUGGUCCUGGAAAAGCAUGACACUGUUCUUGCCUCUCGUGGAACAAGUUUGGCACUUUGGCCGCAAACCUUCCGCUUAUUCGACCAAUUAGGCCUACUCGAGGCUGUGAAGCCAAUUCUGGACCAUAUCAACGAGGGAGUUGUUCUUUCCGCGGAAAAUGGUCGCAUCAGAAGAAAGGAUAACACAACCGAGCUUGUAGAGAGAAAUCAUGGCUAUGGCAUCAGAUUCAUGGACCGUCCACAAAUGAUUGAGUUCCUCUAUGACAGCUUGCCGAACACCGCGAAAAGUUGUAUACUGUUAACGAAGAAAGUCGUGGACAUUGAAAUCCUUGAGGAGAAAGUAAAUGUCAUUUGCGACGAUGGGAGCUCACAUGGCGGGUCUAUCGUCAUAGGAGCCGACGGGGUGCGUAGUCAUAUCCGAUUGCUUUCGCAAGCUCUCAGGGCUUGCUGUGAGCCUAAAGAAUUACCACAAGCUCAGCUCACACCAUAUACAACAACAUACCGACUGUACUUUGCAGAUAUACCCCUCUUGCCUGGCCUGGCUCCAAACACCAGGUAUGACUCAAUCCAUCAGGGUGUUUGCACUCAAAUCAUCAAUGGAACAAGUAAAGGCUGCUUUGGCAUUUACGAAAAGCUGGAUACUCCGACUUCGACGUCGGCAAGAUAUACACAGGCACACAAAGCGGCUAUGCUGAAGCGAUGGGGUCAUCUAUACGUGGCGCCUGAGUGGACCGUAUCCGAGGUUAAUGACAAUUGCACCGGCGAUUCUGGGCUGAUCGAUCUUGAAGAAGGAUUGAUAGAGCAAUGGUCCUACAAGCGCAUAGUGCUGGUCGGCGACGCUAUUCGAAAACUUGAACCCCAUGCCGGCUUGGGAUAUAAUUCCGGCGUGACGGAUCUAGUUGUCCUGAUGAACAGUCUGCGUAGGCUGCUACUGAAAGAUAAAUAUCCUGGGACGCCAGCUCUUGAGGAGCUAUUCAAGUCAUAUCAAGAUGCCAGGAUGAAGGAUACAUUGCAGAUGAUAGAGAUCUCGAUGGAGAGUGCAAGAUUGCUGGCAUGGCUUGAUUGGAAGCAUAUGGUCAUAGGGAAAUAUGCGUUGACCCUCCUCCCCUUGACUGGGUUAAUCAUCAAGAAAACUAUUUCGCCUCUGAUCAGUCAGACACCAGUCCUUGAGUGGCUGGAGGAGAGAAGUCUGCCGAAAUCAUUGGUUAAAUGGAAGUACCACCCGGUUCAGCAGGGUGAUUAGCCUAUAUAUACGCCCCUGUUUCGACCGUUCUAAUUUACAUACGAUAGAUCUCUGUAGAAAAUAAAGUAUCGUCCA